ACAUUCCCAGUUCCCCCAGUCAGCCUCUCCCAGUCACUGGUCGGCGCUGCUAAAAGGAUCCACGGCCUGGCGGCUGAUCUCUUUGGCCACUGAGAGCCGGCCUUGCCUUCCCCCCCGCGAGGCCCGGCGUAACUUUCCGUCCACUGUACUAGGCACAUCCGCCAUCCACCAACCACCAACCGUCAACCUUCAUCACCGCCGCCGGCUGUUGCUCAUCCUCACUACUAUCCACUAUCUUAUUUAUCCUAUUCCAAUCUGCCACCUUCCCCUCCCCCCCCCCUCCAGCUGCUUUCCAUUCAGAUCCAUGCCCUAUUCCCGCUCGACUGUCCCGGAUGCUGCAAGGAUUCCCGCUCCGACGCCUCAGGAUCGCGUGAAGCCACCAUUGGUGCCAUAUGUGGUGACCAUGGAUCUCAACAAGCGGCUGUUUCAUCUCGACAUCGAGAAUAAAAGCCAACCCCAACCCCUCAACUUCUCCAUGGUAACGACACCCCCGGACGACGAAGACGAAGACGAAGGGAAUCAUAUGAAGCUCGACAGGGGACCGGCACGGUCCCCUCCCGGUCCGGACAAUCUGCGUGUCGACGGCCAUGGCAUGGGUGAGGUUGGCGUGCGGGAGCCCGAAGCCGCCUUAGGUCGAAUCUAUCGCUAUACGCCCAUUCCAACCGUCAUCCUCGAUCCUUCGCUGCGUGUCGUGGAGGUGUCCGAUUCCCACGUGGCAUUCGUCCAACUAUCAAGGGACGUGCUCCUCGGCAGUUUCAUCUGCGACGUCUGUCCUCGUACACUGCCGGCUUUAGAUGUUGCUACUCUAUUUGGCGCGCUACGUGCGGCAAUCACCACGCAGGACGUUCAAUCAAUUGACAGAAUUCGUAUAGACGAUCUUAGCUCCUACUAUAGUCUUCGCAUCACACCCAUCUUCGAAAAGUCUAACCUGCUAUACCUGGUCCUUGAGGCACUCAACGUCACCAAGGACCUCACUAGAUCGGGGGUAGAUACCCGCCGUUCCUACGCCAACGACACGUACAAAGUCUUGCUGGACACCGUCAAGGAUUAUGCCAUCUUCAUGCUCGAUACUCACGGCCAUAUUGUAACCUGGAACUCGGGUGCUGCCCUGCUGAAAGGGUACUCGGCCAAGGAGAUCAUCGGGCAGCACUUUUCCAUCUUCUACGGCCAGGAGGACCGUAUUGCAGAUAAGCCCGGCAAGGAGCUUGUGGUCUGUCUACGAGAAGGCAAAGUGGAGGACGAAGGCUGGCGGUACCGUAAAGAUGGUUCGCGGUUUUGGGCAAACGUGCUAAUCACGCCGAUGUACGAGCUGGGCCGUCACAUUGGCUUUACCAAGGUCACCCGGGACUUAACUGAACGCAAUGCGGCUGAGGUCCGCAUGAUCGCGGCUUUUGAGGAAUCGUCGAAGCUGAAGACCGAUUUUCUGGCAAACAUGAGUCACGAGAUUCGCACCCCCAUGAACGGCAUGCUCCUGGCACUCACAUCAUUGAUGGGCACUGAAUUGAACGAUCGACAACGCGAGUAUGCGUCCAUAAUCGAGGAUUCUACCUCUGUACUGCUCCAGGUAAUCAACGAUGUUCUUGACUAUUCGAAGCUCUCCUCUGGGUCUUUUACAUUACACCCCGAUACUUUCAGCGUUGAAAGCGUUACCGGAGCGGUGGUGCGCAAUUGCAAGGGUGCUCUUAAGCCUGGCGUUGAACUAACUAGCUACAUCCCGCCCAAAUUCCCCAGCACGAUCGAAGGUGAUCCGUUGAGGUACCGUCAGGUCCUCCAAAAUCUAGUCAGCAAUGCGGUCAAAUUCACCGAGGAAGGAUAUGUCAAAGUCCACACCACUUUCUCCGACGACGCGGAGGAUCCCAAUGUGUACCACAUUAUGACUGAGGUUGUCGAUACGGGUGUUGGUGUCCCCGAAGAUGCUCUGGGCUCACUAUUCACGCCGUUCACGCGGUUCGCUGAGUCUGGUUCGAAGAGGUACCAAGGCACAGGCCUUGGAUUAUCGAUCUGCAAGAGCUUGGCAGAACUCAUGGACGGAAGUGUCGGUUAUCGACCCAAUCCUGAAAGGCGGGGCAGUGUUUUCUGGAUGACAGCCAAGAUGCACCGUGUGAACGCGGCGGUGUUGAAUAGAAUGACUAAGACUCCGGUGGAGGAGGUCGGCGAUAUAGAACGGAAGGUCCAUGAAGUUGCCCCUCACAAGCACGUUCUGUUAGUCGAGGACAAUCUGGUCAACCAGAUGGUCAUGCUCAAACUUCUCCAGAACAUGGGAUUCGCGCGAGUUGACACGGCCUGGGAUGGGGCGGAGGCCGUCCGACUUGUCAAGCAGCAACCUUUAUCGUACAAUACGAUUCUCAUGGACAUCAGCAUGCCGGUGAUGGAUGGUGUGGAGGCUACCCGGCAGAUUCGGCAAAUGGGGCUUGACAUGCCUAUCAUCGCGCUUACGGGGAAUGUCAUGGAAGAAGAUGUGGACGAGUACGUGAAGAUGGGCAUGAACGACUAUAUUGGGAAGCCCAUCCAUCAGAAACAGCUCAUGCGAUUGCUGUGGAAGUGGAUGGGGACCUGACGCGAUCUCCACAAACCCUCGACCCGCCUUCCUAGCAAACGCUCGACCUUGUCGACCAUUUGAGACUUGCGAUCGCAACUUUCUGGUUGAAGCGAGCUUCGGCCAAGCCGUGAUUAUGCAGAGAAGCGGGUGCCGGGACAGCGUCCGGCACAUUCUGUAUUCUGCAGGAUUGGCUUACAUCCCCCGCCCGGAGGACACGCAAGGCUUGUCCUCUAGUAGCGAACUAACCUGGGCCCCCUACGUAGACUGCGAAGCAGUACUACCGGAAAAUCCACGCGAUGCGCCCAAAUGCUCCAGGACAGAACUUGUCCGG